AUGGGAAGAAUCAAUAUGCUCGUGGGUUCGGGGGUCCCGGAUUGCAAUGCUGCCAUUGCUGAGCGAUUCAAGAAGGACACUGGUCUUGUAGUGGACCCCGACAAAGAGAUUACUGUCUAUGAUAAGUUGGCCUUUGAAGCCGAUCACAUCUCUAUGGCAUCACUUCCUGGGAUGUACGAGAGAACAGUGACCUUGAACUCUUUAGGGAAGACCUUCUCAUUAACCGGGUGGAAGAUUGGGUGGGCCAUAGCUCCCCCUCACUUAACGUGGGGAGUGAGACAGGCACAUUCUUACCUCACUUUUGCUACAUCUACUCCAAUGCAGUCGGCAGCUGCUGUAGCACUUCGAGCCCCAGAUUCUUACUACGAGGAGCUGAGAAGGGACUACUCGACAAAGAAGGAGAUUCUGGUUAAAGGGUUGAAGGAUGUUGGCUUCAAAGUAUUCCCAUCGAGCGGGACCUACUUUGUGGUGGUCGAUCAUACCCCUUUUGGCCUCGACAACGAUAUUGCAUUUUCAGUGCCAGCCUUGCUGACUACUCUUGGCAAUUCAUCGAUGUCAGAAACCAGACCUUGCUGUCCUCCUGACAAUGAGCUUGAUCUCGACCUGCUACUAGCUGUUCUACCUCGUUUUGGUGGUGCACGAUCUGGAGAUUUCGAGAGAGGAGACGAUGACCUGCUCCUUGACCUGGAGCUAGCAGUAGACCUGGAUGUUGACCUCAGUCUUCCUUUCUUACCUGAAUUGUCAUCAUCAAUUCGAGGGGCCAAGACGUGA